CCAAGCACUUUCUAAAGGCAGGGUUGGCCAAUGCUUUUAUUAGCAAUAAUCUCUGCCACUUUGGGAUUAUCUACAGAUUGGAGGCCACAUAAUCAUCCUCUACGUCACAGAUGGUGGGCAGGAGGGGUGGGAGGACAGACUAAGAGGCUCUAAAUCCCUCCUUAACACUUGCUUCUUCCCUAUCAGCAAGAUUAGAGCAGUCGACCGCCGUCUGCGUGUGUUCAGUCCCGGAAGGCUGGGCUGGGCUGCCCCGGGCCCAAGGAGGGGCAGCUCUGAGGACAAUGCCCAGACCUUAGGUCUGCUGGUCCAGACCGGUCUCUCUAAGACGUGAUCCAUCCUCCUAAGGUCGGUAAGCAGGCUAGGCACCCUACAACAGCCAGGAAGGACAAGCAGGGGUCCACUUCCCGCAGCCAUGCUGAAACAGAGCGAGAGGAGGCGGUCUUGGAGCUACAAGCCCUGGAAUACUACGGAGAGCCAGGACGCGUCCCAGGCAGGGGGCAGCCAACACCGCAGGAGCAUCUGCUCCGUGGGAGGCCGUUCCGGCUCCCAGGCCAGCAUCCCAGCCUGGACCGAGGGCAACUACAACUACUACAUCGAGGAGGACGAGGAUGGGGAAGAGGAGGAUGAGUUGAAGGACGACCUGCCCGAGGCGGACCAGCAGCCAGAGGCGGCCACCACCGCCCAGUCCGAAGGCUGCCCGGACUCUCCGGCCGUGUCGUCCACGCUGAAAGUGAACGUAGGUGGCCUCAGCUACCGCCUGGACUACACUGAGCUGGCCUGCUACCCCAAGACGCGCCUGGGCCGCCUGGCCACCUCCACCAGCCGCAGCCGCCAGCUGGCCCUGUGUGAUGACUACGAGGCGCAGACAGACGAGUACUUCUUCGACCGCGACCCAGCCGUGUUCCAGCUCGUUUACAACUUCUACUUGUCAGGCGUGCUAAUGGUGCGCGACGAGCUGUGCCCGCGCAGCUUCCUGGAGGAGCUGGGCUACUGGGGCGUGCGACUCAAGUACACGCCGCGCUGCUGCCGCAUCUGCUUCGAGGAGCGGCGCGACGAGCUCAGCGAGCAGCUCAAGAUCCAGCGCGAGCUGCGCGCCCAGGCGCAGGCUGAGGAGGCCGAGGAGCUCUUCCGAGACAUGCGCUUCUACGGACCGCAGCGGCGCUGCCUCUGGAACCUUCUGGAGAAGCCCUUCUCGUCAGUGGCCGCCAAGGUCAUCGGGGUGGCCUCCAGCCUCUUCGUGCUUGUCUCCGUCGUAGCGCUGGCGCUCAACACGGUGGAGGAGAUGCAUCAACACACGGAGCAGGGAGCGGGCGGCAGCGACCCGAGGCCCAUCCUGGAGCACGUGGAGAUGCUGUGCAUCGCCUUCUUCACGCUGGAGUUCCUGCUGCGCCUCGCCUCCACGCCCGACCUGCGGCGCUUUGCGCGCAGCGCCCUCAACCUGGUGGACCUCGUGGCCAUCCUGCCGCUCUACCUGCAGCUGCUGCUUGAGUGCUUCACCAGCGAAGACCAACAGCACGGAAAGGGCUCACCUCUGGAGCACGACCUGGAGACCGUGGGCCGCGUGGGCAAGGUGGGCCAGGUCCUGCGCAUCAUGCGCCUCAUGCGCAUCCUCCGUAUCCUCAAGCUAGCGCGCCACUCCACCGGGCUGCGCGCCUUCGGCUUCACGCUGCGCCAGUGCUACCAGCAGGUGGGCUGCCUGCUGCUCUUCAUCACCAUGGGCAUCUUCGCCUUCUCCGCGGCUGCCUACUCCGUGGAGCACGACAUGCCCGGCACCAACUUCACCAGCAUCCCCCACGCCUGGUGGUGGGCAGCGGUGAGCAUCUCCACUGUGGGCUAUGGAGACAUGUACCCAGAGACCCACCUAGGCAGGCUUUUUGCCUUCCUCUGCAUUGCUUUUGGGAUCAUCCUCAACGGGAUGCCCAUUUCCAUCCUCUACAACAAGUUCUCCGAUUACUACAGCAAGCUCAAGGCUUAUGAGUACACCGCCAUCCGAAAGGAAAGGGGAAAGGUGGACUUCGUGCAGAGAGCCAGAAAGAAGAUGGCUGAGUGUUUGGCUGGAAGCAACCCCCAGCCCACCUCAAGGCGAGAGAAUUAAUUUCCUAAGAUGCGUGGCUGGUAGAUCCCGUGAACUUCAAGGCUCCAUUUCUCCUUCUUUUUUUUUAUUAUUAAGAUUGGCAGUGAAAGGACACACGAAGCAGACAUACACAAAGGGCAUUCGGUUCACAAAGUUCUAACUCUAAAAAUGUUCGUUUUGGCCCAAACUCCCACUGCCUUGUGCUGCUCUUUAACUGUUUUGUGUGAGAGUCUUGACCUCCUCAAUGACCUUGAUAGUGAAAACUCCUUGAGAGGAGCAACAUCUUAGAUUUCUCUUGUAGCUUCUCAUGGCUUCUCAAUCAAUAUUUUUGGACUUGAGUUGACUUGAGAAGAAUUUCCUUACAUUUUAAAGGAAAAAAAGUCCUUGAUUUUCCAGAGAGAGGGAGCGUGGCAGCAGGAGCGGUAUGAGCUUUGGAGUUGGACCAGCCUUGGUCAGAAGCCCAGGUCUACCAGCUGUAGGAUUUGGGGCAAGUUAAUUUAUCUAUUUCUUCAACUAUUAAAUGUAGGUAAUAAGACCUACCUUGUAAUAUGAGCAUGGCAAUUGGAGAUAAUAUUUAUAAAUUCUCAAUAAAUGGUAGCUAAUAAAA